AUGCAACUUGAGCAUUACAUUCAAUUAUUACACAGUGGAGAGUUUCGGCAAUUUGAUUAUCGAUGGAAGAAUUUAGCACGUUAUAAUAUGACGACACCACCAAGAUACAAUCUCGAGGCUAUCACUAUACCAAUUUAUAUUUAUACAGGAAAAGAAGAUUUGCUUAUAUCACCCAUUGAUGUGAAUCGUCUGGUAAGGACGUUACCUAAUGUCCAACACUACGAAUUAGUUCGAAAUUAUAAUCAUAUUGAUUUCACUUAUGCUAAAAGUGCUAGAAAAAAUGUUUAUAAAAAGAUUUUAGGAUUUAUUGAAAAUCCAAAAGAAAAUCAAUAA